GGUACCAUCAGAUGAAACAUCUUCGUCUGUGGGUUAAAUCACAGCGAAAGCCAGUGUACGUAAGCUUGUUUUAGUUUUAUAAAAACUAAAGAAGAUGUCUUCUACAAGUAGCAGUCGUCUUUGUAACUGCUUCCGUUCGAUGUGGACUUCAACAGUGCAGUUUAUUGUGUCACAGGAUGAGAGUGUUAGGCGGCGACGACGCUUGUUGUUGGGGAUUGUUGUUUUACUGAUGGUGGACGUUCUUUGGGUUGGCUCGUCAGAACUGACAGAUGUGAGAACAAAUUUACUACUACUUAUUACUACUCUAUUACCAGAUAGCGUACGAAAAUUACCUCCAAAUAUUUAAAAGGAAACCUUUUCAUCAGAACAUUACAAUAAAAAUUAAUAAAUGGUUUGCAACCAUAUCAUCUGGCAAGGCUGCUAUGUUGGUGAUCAAUACAAAAUAUAUAUAUUUUUUACACAGAAUUUGCAUGAGAACGGGGUUUAAAGUUUCCAGUAGAGGGAAAUGCUUUUGUUAUUGACCACCAAGAUGUUUACCAUGAUGUCGUCAUAUGUAAACCAGCUGAUUUGGUUGCUUUUAUCAGGAGCGGACCAUUAAUUAGAAAAGUUAUGGCAGGGAUUGGGAAGUUUUUGAGCUGCAUGUCCAUUAUUUCGUAAGUCAUUUUUCCCUUGAAUUAAUUUUGCAUGUGUGUGCUUGUCCCCCUCCCCACUCCACCUCCUCCCAUAGCUUUUCUAAUGGUCUGCCUAAUAAAUAGAAGUGUCCAUGGCAAGAAGCUGUUGGGACUGUGUAAAUAACUGAUAAAUAAUACAUUUCCCAUUAUUUAUUGAGUCGGCUGGGGUUAGAUUAUGUUCUCAACACAGGCUACCAACCACACAACCUCUCUACCUUUCCAAAAACAAAUCUGACCUCUGCUGUGGCAUUUUCAGACCAAACUAAGGCCCAAAGUCCUGAAAAAAAUUUUUUAGGAGACCCCCCCUCCCUCCCCACCCAUAUCUAAGAGUCUGGAUGACCGGGUCCCCGUUAUCUCAAAGUCUGGAUCUGGCACUGCUCUGAACAAAUUUUUGACAGCUUUUAUGAAAGCAAAAGUUUGCUUUCCACUAGACAGAAAAUAGUUACCAUAGCUGGCAUCACAGGGUUGUGCAAAUAAGAAGUGUAAUGUUUAAGUUAGAGAUUUUUUCACUCUCUCAUAUCUGUCAAAAAUUCAUGUUACCCAGAUCUCCAGUAAGUCCAUAAUGAUUACAAUCUUGUUCAUUCUCAUCGCUUUUUAUCAAGUAUUUGUAGUUUUUAUGGUUUACACAGAAUUAGGAAUUUAGUUUUCUGUUUUACUUACGUCUAGUUUGACCAAAACCUUUUUCUUUACAGUUUAUUUUCAAAUAUGAAGGAUUUGACAAGCCUUUUUUCACCACAUUCUUCAAGACAUCAUCAUUUAUGAUAUAUUUGACUGGAUUUCUUUUUUAUGAGCCAUGGAGGCUUCAAUGCCUUGCAUGCUUAAAGAAUGAAACAUCCUCAAAUGUAAGUGACAAGAAAGAACAUUAUGAUCUCUAUGCAGAUCCUUAGAUUAUUAUUUGCCAUUUGCACAGCUCCCAUAAAACACCUUGUUUAUCUCCCAAUUUUUGAAAAUUUUGUAAUUUUUCCAAUUUCUUGUGAGAUGACUGUAAUACCCAGGUGGAAAUUGAAACAAAGGGUAUGCAAUUUUUUGCUGGGAGGUGGGGGCAGCAAAAUAAAAUUAAUAAGGUUUAUUUUGGGUGAUGUGCAAAUUGACAAAUUAAACUUUCAAAAUAUAUAUUUUUUUAUAUUUAGGGGCGUCACCACAUUAAAGUUCACAUACAAUAUAGAGAAUCUGUUAAUUAAUUCAAGGUCACGUAGGGCUUUCUAUUGGCAUCUCUUAAUUUUUUUCACUUGAAAAUGCAGCUGAUUCCUUAUCUUAAAUUACCUCCUGUUUUGUUCAACUCUCUAUUAUAAAAUCUAAAACCUAUUUUUUUUUCUCAGUCAAAAUCUGUGAUCUUACCCUAAAAUUUUUAAAGCUCCUCCAAACAUGAAACAAUUUUCCUUUCCCAGGGGUUAGAAAACUGGGUGAAUUACUGUAGCAUUUUGUCUGGACAUUUUUUUUUUCAGGUCUUGGUAUCUGCUGUAAAUCAAGACAGUGAACACACAUCUCUUUUAAACUCACCUUCAUCCUCAGGGGAAACUACACCAAUCCCAAGACCACUAAUGGUGAGUUGCAUCUUUUUAAACUUCCAAAGGAAGCCACAGUUAAAAUUCAACAAAUUUCAUAAAUUUCAUGUUAUAAAAAUGCUGAAAAUAGAGAGGUUUCCCUUGUAUGGUGACCGUCAGUUCAUAAAAUUUUGUUCCAAGACUCGAAAUUAUAACAACCAUAUAUUAAUAAAAUAAAAGAUUAAAUAGCAAAAUAAAUGACUCUCUAUUCCCUAAUGGUACCUACUACUUGUCGCCUGUUUAGGAAACAUCCCUUGAUACUCUCCCAGUAAACAGUGUUGAAAUUUCCAGGUAAAACAAAUUAAUGAAAACUAUUGGUUUCAUCUUAGUAACAGUGGUUAAACUCUGUUUGAGUGCUCCCUGCAGUUUUCAUUACUGUCUUUUGUUGAUUGUCAGAAUGAGCCAACUUUUGAAGAAAUGACAGAUGAAGACAUUUCAACCAGCCGAUCAGCUGAAGCAGCUAGUAGUUCCUUUGAAAUCAUUCCAAGUAAGUUAAAAACACAUGUCUUGGAGAGAGAUUUACCUAGACUAAGUGCUUCCUAAUAGUCUGGGUCCCCUGUGUGUCACAUCCAACAUUGUCAUUGCUUAAAUUUAAAGUAAAUUAAGGUGGCUCGAUACAGUUUUUCAGGGCCAAUACCUCCCAAGUUUGAGCAUAAACUAUGUCGCCAUAAACAAAGUUUUGGAAAAAUUACCACCACAGUUGCAUUAGAUAAAGAUGAAAAUUUGUUAUGAUCAGGGUUGCAACGACAUCGGAGUUGUCAUAGCAACGAAAUGACGCUAUUACCUAUUUUACUUGCAGCAGUAUAUCUCGGCACUGCGAACUGUUCUUCCAAAAGCGUUCACGGGAGCUUUUUCCUCCAAUAGCGGCCUCGAUGUUCGUGACGUUUAAGCGAAAUCUGUAAGAGCGUUAUCGAGAUAUUUUGGGAUGAAGUUUUCGUGGUUAGAAACACAGUAAAAAAUGGACGAUAUUGUUGUUUGGCCGUUAUCUGUAGAAAAUGGAGCGCUUUUUACAUGCAAUUUCACGUCAUAGUAGUUUCAAUCUUUUUAAAAACGUGUGUGAAAGAUCAUGGAGAUAGCUCCAGCCGAUUGCUAGAAAGAAGGGUUUUAUUAUCAUGUAUCGAAGCGCUCUUGUUAGCGGUUUUGUAAACAUUUUGGUCUUCUUUAACAAAUUAGCGAAUAGUUUUUGAACUGCUCGAUAGAUUUUUUUAAAAAUUUAAGAGUCUUGAGAUUAACCUUUCUUUUAUAUGACCCUUUAGUUUCAAGAUUAUUGAUAUAUUGUAAGGCAGUAAAAUAAGGGCUACAAUUCGUUACAUUUUUAGCGGAAGUUUCGUUAUUACAUGUGAAAGCCUCUCAUUAUUCAAGGCAUUGUCUCCAAGUUUCAUUUCCACGUGAACAACAGUAACUAACAAUGUAUUUGACAUAUGCAAAAAUGCUAGCUAUUGUUAUGCGCGAAAAUAUGAAACUUGGAGACAAUACCCUGAAUAAUGAGAGGCUCACAUUUGUAGACACAAGAUUUCUGCCAAAAUAUUGGCGAAUUGUAGCCCUUAUUUUACUGCCUUACAAUAGAUCAAUAAUUUUGAAACUAAAAGGUCAUAUAAAAGGAAGGUUAAUCUCAAGAAUCUUAAUUUUUUUAAAAAAUCUAUCGAGCGGUUUAAAAGUUAUUCGCUAAUUUGUUAAAGAAGACCAAAAUGUUCAAAAACCGCUAACAAAAGCGCCUCGAUACAUACUAAUCAAAUUCUUCUUUCUAGCAAUCGGCUGGAGCUAUCUCCACGGUCUUUCACCCACGUUUUUAAAAAGAUUGAAACUACCAUGAGGUGAAAUUGCAUGUCAAAAGGGCUUCAUUUUCUACAGAUAACAGCCGAACAUCAAGAUUAUCAAUUUUUUACCGUAUUUCUAAUCACAAAAUCUUUAUCCCAAAAUAUCUCGAUAACGCUCUUACAGAUUUCGUUUAAACUUCACGAACAUCGAGGCGGCUAUUAGAGGAAAAAGCUCCCGUGAAUGAUUUUGAAAGAACAGUUCCCAGUGCCGAGAAAUACUUCUGUAAGUGAAAUAGGUAAUGGCGUCAUUUCGUUGCUAUGACAACUCCGAUGUCAUUGCAACCCUGAUCAUAACAAAUUUUCAUCUUUAUCUAAUACAACUGUGGUGACAAUUUUUACAAAACUUUGUUUAUGGCGACGUAGUUUAUGCUCAAACUUGGGAGGUACUGGCCUUGAAAAACUGUAUCGAGCCACCUUAAUUUAACUUUUAAUCACAUGCAUGGCAUACUAUCAACUUCAAAUACUUUGCAAAAUCAGAUAACAGAAUUAGGUAAUUUUACAAGUGGUAAUCAAGUGAAAAAUAUUUUGAAUAUUGGUCACUUGCUUUAAUACACUCAUUAUCUUAACUAUAUGACAGGACCUAGGCGGGUGACGUUUAGCAGUGUGAGAGAAGUGCGGCAAUUAUCAGGUAAAUACAUGUAAUUUGGUUUAUUAGGGAGCUUUUUUUGGACAGUAUUUACAGCUCAAUCAUGAAAAAUUUCCAUGUUUUAAAUGGAGCAAAUUUGCAUUUUUCAGAGCAUAAUUCUGAACAGGCAAGGUUGACCAGACUUCCUUACCACUUGGGUGAAGAUCAGAAACUUCCUGUCCAUCGUGUUGCUAAGGUUGCCUUGCUAUUCUGCUUACUGGUGAGUUGUAAGGCUUUUUUGAAGUAGUUAGGGGGUGGGGUAGGGUGUGUGUGUGUGAUGUGACCAAAGCCUCUCUCCUGAGGAAGAUAACAGAAUCAAGAACGAGCUGAUGAUGAGUGGUCUCACUGCAAAGUUUUGAAUAUUUUGAUGUUAUUUCCAUGGUCGAUAACAGCAGAGAUGAUGAAAAAGUGUUGUCAAUUUGUUUUUUACAAUAACAUUGACAGUUUUGACAUCCAUUUCCUUAGAAAUUUCUUGAAAAGUUACACAUACUAGACAGAGAAGAAUAAAUUGUGCGACCAUCACAUCAUUUCCAUGGUCUGUAAGUUUAUCAAACAAAGCUCUUCACCAAUCAGCGCACAAGAAAUCACCCAGUUAUUGUAAAAUGAAUAUUUCUCACAAUAUUAUCAUCACUAUUUGCAAAAACAUUAAGGGGUAAAAACUAGAGGUUGUGUCUCAGGGUGUUUCUUCAGUUUAAGUAGUUACAUCAGGAUUGGCAAACCUACUACUACGCUACAUUUUGCUGUCAGAUUUUUGAUAUAUUUUAGUCUCUCUCCUGUGCAGAGGCUCAAAGGGGCAUGGUAAAGGGGGGGGAGGAGGGGGGUCCAAGUGCAAAAUUUGGUCGGUAAUUGGCAAAACAUUUUGUGCCUGCACUCACUUCGUACAGAGGAGAGAAAUAUGUGGUAACUAUAUUUAACAUCUUGCACACCCCUUGUCCUUCUUGCAAUAUUUUUUAAACAUUUACUUCCUUUGGAGUUUCUUGCAUUGACCAUUGGAGCCAAUGAUCAUUAGAUUAGGGAUUAUUUUCUCUACUGACUAGCUUCUCUUCCACAGUGGUUUUGUGCUAACUGCAGUUAUCAGGAAGCCAUUGCACACACGUCACCAGCAGCAGUAAAUAUUUUGUCAUCCUCAUCAGGUAAGAUUUCUUGCUACAGGUAUUCCUUAGCCUAAAAUUAGCCUGUCAAAUGGGGUUAUUGUUCUCUUUUUGCAUUGGCUUAGGCUCAUUGGUGUGUAAUGUGUACUAUCUCAUUUCACAUCUUAGCUGGCAGUGCUCACUUAACAAGAGAGUGCCCUAACAUCUUCACAUAUUUUAUCACCUUUUAUAUGCAAUUUGGGCAUCAUUGUGGACAAAAUUCUGUGAUAAGACCAUUUAGCAGUAAUUUUCAGGUUUCUCUUUGCCACUUAACAAAAUUAUAUAGAUUUAGAUGACGUCUGUUUUUUUUUCUUUGAAAAGUUGACUUUGUUUUCUUGUCAUGUGAGAGAGAAGUUGUUAACUCUCAGUCAGAUCAAUGCAUUUAAUGCUUCAUUUUUAAAAGACAACUUUUUGAUGGAUUAAAGUGAUAGUAUUUUUUAAUUUGCAUUUUUUCCAGGGUUAUUUACACUCAUAUUAGCAUCUGUGUUCCAGAGUUCAUCUGCUGAUAAAUUCUCCAUCACAAAACUACUUGCUGUUCUUAUGAGGUGAGUUAGUUAAUAAAUUAUGAGUAAACAAGUGCCUUUUUUAAGAUUACUGUGAAGUGAGUAGAGUGUUUCAAAGUCUAUAGCUAGGUAGUCUUAGUAUCAGGUGUAGGAUGGUCUGAUACUCAGGCUAAUAUGUAGCUAGGUUGAUUGAACACUCUUCCCCAGAUAUUUUCAGAUGGUACAUUUGAAUCUGUAACCAUGGCUGUCAUUAAGAGCCGGAGGCCGGGGAUUUUCCCUGUCUACUAUAAACAUGUUCCCCCGCUACUUUCAUAGGAAAAUAAAAGAAAAUAGAACAAAAAGAAAUCCCUAGCUGGUUGAUUCCCUGCUUGCUUAUUGUAUUUACCCUUGGUGAUAUCUCCCUGUGUAACGUUGGCUACCAGUUAUAAUAAGCAUUCAAUCUCAAUGACGUUAUCUUACAGAAGAAUAGGGUACUGUAAGCAAUGGAAGUUUUGAAAGCUCUAAAACACAAUUUGUCAUUGUUGAUGAAGACGGUGAUAAAUAAUAAUGAUAAAUAAAUAAUAAAUACUAAAUUGUCCACUCCCCUUAUGUGGCUUCUUCUUCUUCUUCUUCCGUGAAACCCCGCCUCAAAAAUGACAAGAAUGAUGAUGAUGAUGAUGAUGAUGAUGAUGAUGAUGAUGAUGAUCAACCUGAUGUUAUAUGAGGGAGGUGUCUACCAUAGAAUUUUGCUUUAAAUCGAUAUUAAUUUUACUGGAAAUGUAUAUUUUCUUUUUAACAUGACAGCAUCACUGGAAUAGUGUUGGUAACACUUUCUGACUCCAAGAACAAAGCUGGCGGGAUAAGUGUGGGAGCAUUAUGGGCUCUGGCCAGUGCAUUUUUGUGAGUUUGUUAAAUAGCUACUCUUCUCUCUUUUUAUGACACCGCUUCAUUCUUAGCAAUAAUUUUGUACUGUUGUUUACUAGGUAUUCCUGUUAUUUAAUAAUGCUGAAACACAAAGUCCCUGAUGAGAAACAAAUGGAUAUUCCAAUGUUUUUUGGUAAGCAAUAAUAAUACUUAUUUAUUUUGAUGAAAAGGUGAACAGGUUGGUUUGCCUCUUCAUGGAGCAGACUUGAGCCGUGAUCUUUCUUCAUUAAUUUGGUACAGUACUACUAAAGUGAUGUCAGGUUUGACUUAUAGGGGUAGCACAGUAAUAGGCCAUUUGCACUAAGAGGUCAUGUCACAUAGUUUUCAUGAAAAUGAAAGCUAUAUGAUUUUGCCUUCAAAAAACGAUUAGUGGGUCAUAUCUUCAACAGAAUAAUAGGGAUUUGGUUUUUCAAACCCGCACCAUUUUCUUAAAAUGAGUAAGUUCCUCCCUGGUCACGUGACCAAAAUGUGAUUUUUGAAAUUAUGAUUACUUCUUUUUGAACACAAGCUUUGCACUUAAACUUCAAGGAGGAUGUUGAAAAAAUGAUGUGGUAACGUUCACAGCAUAUCUGAGCGUAACUAUCAAACGUUUAACAAGAUAUAAGCAAAAAGUAGUUUUUGCCGCCAUAUUGGAGGGCAAGAGUAUGCCCUCCAACAUGGCAGCCAAUACAAAUCAUACUGCUUUGUUGAAAAAUCAAAGUGCCAUAAAAUAUCUCCCUUAAAUGCGUUUCCUCUCAAAUUUCGGGUGUAAGCUAAUUUUUAUGUGCUCUGCCAAUUUUUGGCAUCAGCAAUAUUCCAACUCAUUGUUUAAAUUUUGCAUUUUUCAGAGCAUAAUUCUGAACAGGCAAGGUUGACCAGACUUCCUUACCACUUGGGUGAAGAUCAGAAACUUCCUGUCCAUCGUGUUGCUAAGGUUGCCUUGCUAUUCUGCUUACUGGUGAGUUGUAAGGCUUUUUUGAAGUAGUUAGGGGGUGGGGUAGGGUGUGUGUGUGUGAUGUGACCAAAGCCUCUCUCCUGAGGAAGAUAACAGAAUCAAGAACGAGCUGAUGAUGAGUGGUCUCACUGCAAAGUUUUGAAUAUUUUGAUGUUAUUUCCAUGGUCGAUAACAGCAGAGAUGAUGAAAAAGUGUUGUCAAUUUGUUUUUUACAAUAACAUUGACAGUUUUGACAUCCAUUUCCUUAGAAAUUUCUUGAAAAGUUACACAUACUAGACAGAGAAGAAUAAAUUGUGCGACCAUCACAUCAUUUCCAUGGUCUGUAAGUUUAUCAAACAAAGCUCUUCACCAAUCAGCGCACAAGAAAUCACCCAGUUAUUGUAAAAUGAAUAUUUCUCACAAUAUUAUCAUCACUAUUUGCAAAAACAUUAAGGGGUAAAAACUAGAGGUUGUGUCUCAGGGUGUUUCUUCAGUUUAAGUAGUUACAUCAGGAUUGGCAAACCUACUACUACGCUACAUUUUGCUGUCAGAUUUUUGAUAUAUUUUAGUCUCUCUCCUGUGCAGAGGCUCAAAGGGGCAUGGUAAAGGGGGGGGAGGAGGGGGGUCCAAGUGCAAAAUUUGGUCGGUAAUUGGCAAAACAUUUUGUGCCUGCACUCACUUCGUACAGAGGAGAGAAAUAUGUGGUAACUAUAUUUAACAUCUUGCACACCCCUUGUCCUUCUUGCAAUAUUUUUUAAACAUUUACUUCCUUUGGAGUUUCUUGCAUUGACCAUUGGAGCCAAUGAUCAUUAGAUUAGGGAUUAUUUUCUCUACUGACUAGCUUCUCUUCCACAGUGGUUUUGUGCUAACUGCAGUUAUCAGGAAGCCAUUGCACACACGUCACCAGCAGCAGUAAAUAUUUUGUCAUCCUCAUCAGGUAAGAUUUCUUGCUACAGGUAUUCCUUAGCCUAAAAUUAGCCUGUCAAAUGGGGUUAUUGUUCUCUUUUUGCAUUGGCUUAGGCUCAUUGGUGUGUAAUGUGUACUAUCUCAUUUCACAUCUUAGCUGGCAGUGCUCACUUAACAAGAGAGUGCCCUAACAUCUUCACAUAUUUUAUCACCUUUUAUAUGCAAUUUGGGCAUCAUUGUGGACAAAAUUCUGUGAUAAGACCAUUUAGCAGUAAUUUUCAGGUUUCUCUUUGCCACUUAACAAAAUUAUAUAGAUUUAGAUGACGUCUGUUUUUUUUUCUUUGAAAAGUUGACUUUGUUUUCUUGUCAUGUGAGAGAGAAGUUGUUAACUCUCAGUCAGAUCAAUGCAUUUAAUGCUUCAUUUUUAAAAGACAACUUUUUGAUGGAUUAAAGUGAUAGUAUUUUUUAAUUUGCAUUUUUUCCAGGGUUAUUUACACUCAUAUUAGCAUCUGUGUUCCAGAGUUCAUCUGCUGAUAAAUUCUCCAUCACAAAACUACUUGCUGUUCUUAUGAGGUGAGUUAGUUAAUAAAUUAUGAGUAAACAAGUGCCUUUUUUAAGAUUACUGUGAAGUGAGUAGAGUGUUUCAAAGUCUAUAGCUAGGUAGUCUUAGUAUCAGGUGUAGGAUGGUCUGAUACUCAGGCUAAUAUGUAGCUAGGUUGAUUGAACACUCUUCCCCAGAUAUUUUCAGAUGGUACAUUUGAAUCUGUAACCAUGGCUGUCAUUAAGAGCCGGAGGCCGGGGAUUUUCCCUGUCUACUAUAAACAUGUUCCCCCGCUACUUUCAUAGGAAAAUAAAAGAAAAUAGAACAAAAAGAAAUCCCUAGCUGGUUGAUUCCCUGCUUGCUUAUUGUAUUUACCCUUGGUGAUAUCUCCCUGUGUAACGUUGGCUACCAGUUAUAAUAAGCAUUCAAUCUCAAUGACGUUAUCUUACAGAAGAAUAGGGUACUGUAAGCAAUGGAAGUUUUGAAAGCUCUAAAACACAAUUUGUCAUUGUUGAUGAAGACGGUGAUAAAUAAUAAUGAUAAAUAAAUAAUAAAUACUAAAUUGUCCACUCCCCUUAUGUGGCUUCUUCUUCUUCUUCUUCCGUGAAACCCCGCCUCAAAAAUGACAAGAAUGAUGAUGAUGAUGAUGAUGAUGAUGAUGAUGAUGAUGAUGAUCAACCUGAUGUUAUAUGAGGGAGGUGUCUACCAUAGAAUUUUGCUUUAAAUCGAUAUUAAUUUUACUGGAAAUGUAUAUUUUCUUUUUAACAUGACAGCAUCACUGGAAUAGUGUUGGUAACACUUUCUGACUCCAAGAACAAAGCUGGCGGGAUAAGUGUGGGAGCAUUAUGGGCUCUGGCCAGUGCAUUUUUGUGAGUUUGUUAAAUAGCUACUCUUCUCUCUUUUUAUGACACCGCUUCAUUCUUAGCAAUAAUUUUGUACUGUUGUUUACUAGGUAUUCCUGUUAUUUAAUAAUGCUGAAACACAAAGUCCCUGAUGAGAAACAAAUGGAUAUUCCAAUGUUUUUUGGUAAGCAAUAAUAAUACUUAUUUAUUUUGAUGAAAAGGUGAACAGGUUGGUUUGCCUCUUCAUGGAGCAGACUUGAGCCGUGAUCUUUCUUCAUUAAUUUGGUACAGUACUACUAAAGUGAUGUCAGGUUUGACUUAUAGGGGUAGCACAGUAAUAGGCCAUUUGCACUAAGAGGUCAUGUCACAUAGUUUUCAUGAAAAUGAAAGCUAUAUGAUUUUGCCUUCAAAAAACGAUUAGUGGGUCAUAUCUUCAACAGAAUAAUAGGGAUUUGGUUUUUCAAACCCGCACCAUUUUCUUAAAAUGAGUAAGUUCCUCCCUGGUCACGUGACCAAAAUGUGAUUUUUGAAAUUAUGAUUACUUCUUUUUGAACACAAGCUUUGCACUUAAACUUCAAGGAGGAUGUUGAAAAAAUGAUGUGGUAACGUUCACAGCAUAUCUGAGCGUAACUAUCAAACGUUUAACAAGAUAUAAGCAAAAAGUAGUUUUUGCCGCCAUAUUGGAGGGCAAGAGUAUGCCCUCCAACAUGGCAGCCAAUACAAAUCAUACUGCUUUGUUGAAAAAUCAAAGUGCCAUAAAAUAUCUCCCUUAAAUGCGUUUCCUCUCAAAUUUCGGGUGUAAGCUAAUUUUUAUGUGCUCUGCCAAUUUUUGGCAUCAGCAAUAUUCCAACUCAUUGUUUAAAGGAAGCAUUGGUCACGUGACCUCUUAGUGCAAGUGGCCUAUUCCCGAUAAAACAGUAGUUUUCAUUGUGGCCCACAAGGAUAAGAAUUCCAACUGGCAAGAAGCAAACGAGUUGGCUUUAUAUAAGUGUGACUGAAGAGUUGAACUUGGUCAACAGGUGGCCGACAAUAAUUGUCAUUGGUCUUAAUUACUGACCAGUCUGUAGCUGAUAUCAUCCUGGUCCAUGUUGGUUGGUGAGAACAAAAGAGGUUUUCUCCGCAGCGAUAUAUACUCUUUUCCUUCAGGCAAAUUCGUUGAAAAGUAUUUAUAUUGUUUUGUUUAUUAACAUGGCCACCUUGUCAAGUGGUUGAAAACUGAGAAUACAAAAGUAAAGGCCAGGAACUGUAGACAAAUUUUGUGUAUGUUCGUCCUUAACAUUUCAAACGAUUUUUUGUUAGCUGGCCUUGACAUACAAAACACUUAUAACGUUUCUUCUGAUUCCGCUGACAUCCGGUGCACCUAUUUCCCAACGGCUUUCUAACAAUAUUCUCUUAUUUUAAUCAUUGCAGGCCUUGUUGGAGCAUUUAAUUUUUUCCUUCUUUGGCCAGGAUUUCUAUUCCUUAAUUAUUUCCAGUUAGAAGUAUUUGAACUCCCCCCAAGUGCAACAGUGUGGGGCUACAUAGCUCUGAAUGCUUUCGUUGGAACUGUGCUGUCAGAAUUCUUAUGGCUUUGGUAACUAUUACUUUAAACAUUGGUGUUUACAGUGGAUUCAUGUGACUGCAACAAUUACUUUUUGACUGCUGUGACACUGAAGUAAAAAUCAAAGCAUCAGCACCCAUCUUAUUGACCAAUCGCAGUCCGUAGCAAGGACGUGUAGCCGGCGUCAAAAAGCGCGGGAAAACUCGCACGAGCAAAUGUGAUUGGUUGAAAAAGUAACUUAGCCACUGACACAGCUGAGCGUUGCAGAGUCAACAUAGCUUUCCCCAGUACUGAGUCCAACAGUUUCUGAGUUCGGGUCUUACGUUAGCCUAAAUUUAUUCAGGCUUUUUUUAGUUGCGUCUAUAACUGUGAUGAUUAAAUAAUGAGUUAAUUGUGUGGUUAAAUAAUUGCAUAAAACUUGGACAUUUUCCAACUUAUCAAUAACAGUUUUUUUCCUGAAUUGUUUCCAAGGGGUUGCUAUUUGACGUCGUCAUUAACAGCGACGCUGUCUCUGAGUCUGAUUAUACCGCUGACCAUGUGUGUCGAUGUGUUCAUGAGGAGGGUAAGAUCACUGCUAUAUAACGGAGCUUUAGCAACGAAGACGCGACAACGGCGAAAUCGUGACUGUUACAAUGAAUUUGCCUUUCCUCAAACGUCACCGCUUCAUUGCUAAGUAUUCUCGGUGUUUCUUAUUUUGUAGGUUCAUUUUUCGUGGAUGUUCUUACUUGGCACCAUACCCGCCUUUGCGUCAUUUUUUGCCGUGAGUUUACUUACACAUUAUGGAGACUGGGACCCCAUCUAUAUCGGCUUAAAGAAACUUUUGAACAUUAGAAGACGACGGAUGACUAGUGGGUAAGUAAGAUGAGUUAGUAGUGAAGCUCUCACUGGUAUUUUUUAUCGACGUUUCCUCGUUUCUUCCCCAAAAUACCAGAAAAAUAGCAUCAGGUUACGUUAGUCUUGUUGAGCACUGGUCUACUCUACAGUACUUUCUUUCCGAACGCUUCUUUUUUCACUGAAAUAGUCAGUAAUGCAAAAACCUUUAUGUUGUAGCUUUUACCUUUUUUGAAAGAAUCGUGUCGUGUGACCAUUUAUAUGAAACUCCUGAGACCUGCUAUUAUUAUAGUGUCUUCAAUGGACUCAUAGCCUUCGUCGCAAGCGUUCCGUCGUAGACAGAGUUGGAACGAGAGCGAAAAAUGGGAAAUGAAGGGGGAAGGUGAGGGGAGAAUAGGAAAGUCUCCCCUCCCCCACUCCCUACUUCCAUUUUUUCUCUCGCUACCACCUUCACGCAAUAACUCGAUGGCAAACGCUUGCCGCGCAGGCUCAAUAAUGGACUAAGUGUUAACAGUUUUGUGUAUAUUAAAAUUUUUCAGGACACUGGACGUUGAGCAAAGAGAAGGUUUAAUAAAUAGCGUUCCAGAUGAAGAAAUAUGUAGCAAUAAAAAUGGACAUCUAUCUUAA